AUGGCUGCUGUCAGUGAAGUUGGUGUUGGUGUGGCCAGCGAAGCAAGCUCAGAGUGUUGUGAUAUGAGCGGUAAGGAGAAUAGCAGAAGAAGAACGCCGCUGCGUGUGCCGGUUAUAGACCUGGACCGGGUUUCCGCCGAAGACCAGCUGUUGCCGGUGGUGAGGGCCGUUUUGCAGCAGCACGAUACGUUCCUGUUGAAGAACUAUGCCAACAAGGCGGCGCUGGACGAGCUGCUGGGGGCGCUUGCGACGACUGACCUGCCCGACACGAGCCAAGGGUUCGAUGCGAACUUCACAGGCACGCUGCCGCUCGAGGACGACGUCUGGCUGGAGCAGUAUAUCUUCGACACCGAUCCGCAGUUGCACUUCGACCGGGCAUGCAAGAACGAGUCGCUGCGGUCGAUUUACGCCAGACUGUUCAAGCUGGGCGUGUUCUUCGCGCAAUUGUGUGUGAAAGGUGUGGUCUCGAGCGCUGAGUUGCAGGACUGCAUCUCCAGCACACACUGUGCCACGAAGCUCACUCGUUACUUCAAYGACGGUGACAGCGCACAGAACGGCUUGGACCCGAGUGCCACGAUGCUUCCCAACGGCGACGAUUUCCAGUACCAAUUUGAGAGGGACUACGUCACUUUGCUGCCGACGGGUGUGUUGACCGUGUUCCCCUGUGCCAAGGGCCUCAGGUACAAGCCCUCGACGAUGGCAGCCACUGACAACUCUUGGGUGACCGUCGAUGAGCCCGACUGUCUGCUGUUCCACACGGGGACCCUGCUGGCGCGCUGGUCCCAGGGAAUGCACACGACUUCACCGCUCCAGGUAGACCCUCGUGCGAACGUCGUGUCGUUGACCAUCUGGCCUCCGCUGACGACGCCGAUCGACGAUGAAGGCACCAUUGCCAGCCACUUGCUGGAGCAACAGAUCAAAACGUUCCCGAAGGUCGCUCAGCAGUACUACCCGCGAGAACAGAAUAUUCUGAAACUGCAAGAUGCUAUGAAGUUCGUCAAGGAGCUGUUCAGCGUGUGUGAGACCAUCUUGUCUUUGAAUGCGCUCUCCAGGUCCACCGGGGUUUCUCCUGAGCUGCACGUUUUGCUGCCUCAGAUGUCUAACAUGAURAAAAGAAAAAUAGUGCAAGAUGACGUGUUGAAGCUGUUGACCAUUUGGUCCGAUGCAUACGUGGUCGAGCUGARCUCAAGAGGCGAGUUGACGAUGACUUUGCCCAGGAGAGACAACCUGAUGACGUUGACGAAUAAGUCCAGGACGUUGGCCUUCGUGGAGAAGGCAGAGUCGUGGUACCAACAAUUGAUAGCUUCCAAUAACGACAUUAUUACAGAUAUACCCGUCUUCAAGAUAAAUAAAAGAAGAGCAAGCAUCAACAACAAAACCAUUAUGGGCAGCAAGGCGCAAACGAAAAAUUCCAACUCCAAUGCGCUUAACAACUCUAAAUACCUAUCGAAUAAGAAGGAAAACUUCUUUUAUAAAGAGAAAACCCCUGAUUCGCAAGCCAACCUUUUGGACCGGCUACGUGAAAGGGAGAGACGUUCAGCUGCACUGCUUUCGCAAAGACAAAGACAUUACCAGCAGUUUCUAGCGAUGAAAAUGACCCAGGUGUUUGAUAUUCUUUUCUCAUUGACUUCGGGACAGCCUUAUACGGAAACUUACCUAGGUUCUUUGGUCGUGGACAGUUUACAAGACAGUAACAACCCUAUUGGUUCGAAAGAAGCAAGCGAAAUUCUGGCCGGGCUGCAGGGAAUUCUACCAAUGGAAAUAUCUGUUCAUCAAGUGGACGGUGGAUUGAAAGUUUACAGAUGGAACAGCUUAGACAAAAACAGAUUCUCCAAAUUAUUGGAAAUUUACAAACUAAAACAACAAGAUGAUGAUGUUUAG